AUGGAGUCUUCCAGGACCUUCAUGAGACAUCUGCCAAUCACACCAGGCUACAGUGGCUUUGUACCCUACCUCAGCUGCCAGCAGGCCACCAGCAAGGACAGCAUGGCCCACUGUCUGAAGAUCUUCCAGGAGAUCACACAACGCUAUAAAAACCAGAUGGAGGAAUUUCGCUGCUCGGUAGCCACUGCCCAGAGGCUGAAGCCCGUCUGCUCCGAGGAGACCGUCCUGCGGGCGCUGCACCAGUAUUACCGGCAACAUCACCCCCUGUGUCUGGAAUGCAAAAACAUCAAGAAACCUCUCUACGAGCCCCCGAUCCCGGGCUGGGCUGGCUACCUCCCAAGAGCCAGGGUCACCGAAUUAGGCUGUGCCACGCGGUACACUGUCAUGGCCAGAAACUGCUACAGGGACUUCCUGGGCAUCAUAGAGCAGGCCAGGAUGGCACACCUGAAGCCAUUUGAGGAAAUGUAUGGCGACAGGUCCACCCAACCUCCUUCCGUCCCUUCUCCAAAAGUUUUGCAGCAUGAAGGACCGCUGCCCAAAUGUCUGGAGUUUUCUGUCGCAGGUGGCAGCUGUCUUGCCCAUGGGAGACCCCUGACAGAGGAACCCAGACCUCCAGUGACAUGUGGCUGUGCCCAAGGGACAAAUAUGUUGUGCAGCGGGAAGAUUUACCUUGAGCCACUCUUCUCAGCAAAGUAUGCGGAAAGCUGA